AUGGUGGUGGAGGAUGGUCCGGCACUCGAGGAAGCCGGGACAUCCACGGCGCCGACGCCUGGUUUGAUACCGACCAGCGGCACGGUCGAUAACGCCACGGCGCCACCGUUAAUUGCCAUUGCAUCGCCGGGUAAAGCCGAGUUCCCGCUCAGAGCCGUCCUGUCCCGGUGGUUUUGGAGAUAUGAGGCGUACCGAUUGCUCCGUCCUGACAAGACUCCACCGAUUUAUGCGCACGUCCGGAAAGAUGAUCGUUCGUAUCCAUUUCUGUCCUCUCCAGGAACACGGAGACGCGAAUCGAUGUCGCCCACGAUUCCGAUACUUUCCGCACUGUUGCUCUCGUUGAUAUCAGGAUCAACGGAGAGCGGACAGAGGAUGGAUUCGGUUGCACUGUUGCGACAAACUCUCCGAUAUUGGCUGAAAAUAUACAAGACGUAUCACGAGGAGGUGAUGCUGGGUUACUGUUGGGCGGGCUAUUUGCUCGAGAUAAGCGACGAAUUGUCGGCGAAUCUAUCCGCGACGCCGCUCGCCGUGACGGGGGAUCGUCCCAACACGAGCAUCGGGGCGACGAAAAGCCAGCAAAACCCAUUUCCGCAAAAUGUUAUGGUCCACGCGACGUCACACGGGGGAGCGCGGACGAGAAAGCAUUUAUGGAGGAGACGAUCGUAUGCGACGAGUUCUACUAUUUGGAAGUUCAUAAAUAGUCCUGAUGAGCACCGAGACACUUCAAGAUCGAGAAUCAUUCGGCAGAGAUGGACGAUGAACAUGGCUGAACGAGGCGUCUCACUGAACGACCGCGCGGAUGAAAGCGAGGAAAGUGAUGGAAACGAGAGCACACAGCUGAUCGAUUCUUACCAUGGAAAAAGCCGACACGCGUCCAUGUCGCCGGAGAUUCACCAGGACGAAGGCGAAGCCUCGCGCGGUCACGGAUUUUCAUCUCGCCGGACGAGCUGGCGCGCCGUUAAUCCGCCGGCGUCUAAUCCACCAAAAGAUGAUGACAAAGUCGAUUCCGGAUUGAUGGUCUCCGGGGGAGGCAAGCAGGAGGACGAGAAAGGGGAUACGCGUCGUAAAGUUUUACGUUCGCUGACGAGCCAUCGAGAUUCUCCGGAAGCCGAGGGUGUUCUUCAGCUGCCCUCAUUUUCACUCAAAGUUUCUCGCGGAAGAAGACGGAGGUCGCUCGACGGACGUCGAUUUCCCUUUCGACGGCGGUCGCCGCCACGGGAAAGAAAUUUGAGAGUCGACGAGCCGUUAUCCAACCCCUGCCGGAUGCCGGAAGUGAACCGCGGAAUGAAGGAUCCCGAAAGACAUCGAGUCCCUUUGAGCGGCGACGGGGGCGUCCCGACGCCGUCACGUUUGCAGUUCCGCCGGGUAAGCGCGGACACGGACCGCUGUCGCCGUUGCCGUACGGGUGCCGUAAAGCUGAUGGAUUCCAAGGGAAAUUCAUCGCGCGAUCCAACGAGGGCGAUAAAUUCGAGAACGUCCCGGCGGAAGCCCGAGGAAUUAUCUCGCGAUUCGCUUUUAUCGCCUCGCGGGGGUGGGACCGCUGAGCGAUCGACUCUCGAAUCCUCUCGAGGAGGCGGAAAGGUGGCUAUUAAAAGGAACGCGUUCCCGCGAGCUGAAACGACCGGAGCAAGCGGUACGAGGAAACGACGCCCUUGUCGAUCGAGAGAAGAGGGAGGAUCAUGGACCGGAAGGGACGUACCGGCAGUGAUGUGUAUAUUCUGCAGGUCGGGACUCGCGCGAACGGAGAAGCCAGAAACGUUUUACGGGGAGUGGUGCGAAUCUCUCCCCGUCGCGGCGAUUCCGGGGGAAUCAGCACAGAGGGAUGGACAACUUGCUCGGACUACAGGGAAAACAUUUUUGUCACCUCUUGAAGAAUUUACGAACGACCACGGGGACUCGACGAGCCAGUCAGUUCGUAGGUUGCGAUCAAACGCUUUGCGGAAUCUUCAGACUCCAGAUCGACAAUCUCCCGUCCAGCAACCGUCCUUCGUGUCCAUUUUGCGCUCGAUCAUCAUCGGCGCCUUCAGGACGCUAGGAAUGUUCGUCCAGGUCGGCCGGCAGGUCAUGGACGCGGUUGAAUCGAACACGGCCCUCGUCUGCACCAAGGAGUACUUGUGGGCUAAAAUUGUUAAGUGGAUAGACGCUUAA